AAUUACACAUGCAGCAGGAGCGUGGGUUUAUGAACCAGAGGUGAUCCUUUGGUGUGGAUCCAUUUCAUGGAAGCAUAAUUUUCAGCAGCCUUUUUUUUAUUAUCCCUUUUCUGUAUCAGGGGAAAAUCUGCUGUGUCAGCAGUCGUUCUGGUGGCAGUAAAUUACAUCUGUGGGCCGUCCACCUUCUCCAUUUGGGCUGUUUUGCCCCCAUCUGACGGACUGAGGCUGCACAUUGCAGGGAAGACUUCUUUUAAUUGGGCCGAGUCUCCACCGACUGGGUCCUUUCACAUUUGACUAACAAGACAGUUGGGGAGCAAGAAUUUCCUUCCUUGAGAGGGAGGAAGAAAUGGCUGCCACUCAGGAAGUGCCUCCACCAGCAUUGGGCCUCCAUUUCUUGUACCCUUUAGAAGACACAAUGCCACCCAGGGUGAAAAUGGAGGACCCUGGACCACCGUGCCCUGAAGCAGGAUGGGAAUGGGACGCUGCAGGGAAAGCCCCACUUGUGGUCCAGGCUGGUACCAUUAGCGACCUGCUGAGGUGGGCCACCCCUCCCCAGGUGAGGAGUGACCCGAUUCCACAGUUGUGGGAGGUUCAGUGCCAGGAGAUGGUACAAAGCUUGCGGACACCUUCCGAAGUCAUGCCAGCCCCUGUGCCAGUCCCACCUCCAGCUCCUGGCUGGGGGAACCUCCAACUCCCUGAGCUCGCACCUGUGGAUGAUAUUGAGGCCUAUUUGUCUUCCUUUGAGAGAGCAGCAGAAACCUGCCAGUGGCCGAGAGGAGAGUGGAUGACUCGUCUCAUGCCAGCCCUCAGUGGGAAAGCCCAGCCACCCCAUAACGGCCUGGAGGCCAGGGGCAGCAGGAACGAGCACAGGAAGUCCAAAUCCUCCGGCCUGCGAGGGGAGACCGGUGCCAGUAUAGAGAUGCAGCGCCAGCGUUUUCGGCAGUUCCGCUACCAGGACUCGGAAGGCCCCCGGGAGGCUUGCCGGCGGCUCCGGGAGCUGUGCCGACGCUGGCUGAAGCCGGAGAGCCGCACAAAGGAGCAGAUCUUGGAGCUGUUGAUUCUGGAACAGUUCCUGACCAUCUUGCCUCAGGACAUCCAGAGCUGGGUGUGGGAACGAAGCCCCGAAACUUGUGCCCAAGCGGUGGCCUUGGUGGAAGGUUACCACAUGGGACGACGUGAGUCAGGCAUGUGGGAGCAACAGGUUACGGUGCGAGUCAAAGUUGAGCAGGUCAGCCCACAAGAAAUGAAUUUGCCUGGAGCACCGUGGGAGCCUUCUGCUCCUCUGCUGCCCCAUCCCGAAUGUGUCUCGUCAGCGGAAGUGUCACUAAACCAGCCUCUCCUAGGCCCUGCUCUGAAGAUGCCCUGCGUCCCCAAACAGGAGCCCCGAAGCUUUCAAGAACCAGGUGCCUUGAUGGCCAAUGGGAACCGUGAAGCGAACCCUCUGCCAGGAGGUGCUUUGGAAACAGGAGUCCCAUCUGGGAAUUUGCAGGCAAAUACAGCAGCUGAAAAUUGUGGCCAGCGAGUGAGUCAGCAACACGAGGAUAGAUGUGGCGAGACGGGAGGGAAUCCAGCCACGCAGGCCAACCCCGUUGUGGCUCCUCACCCCCCGGGAAAGCCCCUCCACCGGUGCUCCGAAUGUGGGAAAACCUUUAGCCGUAAUUCGCACCUCCUCACUCACCAGAGGAUCCACACUGGGGAGAAGCCUCACCAGUGCCCCCAGUGCGGCAAGAGGUUUGGUCACACCUCCCAGCUGACCCGGCAUCAGAGGACCCACGCCUCGGAGAGACCGUUCCGGUGCGCCCAGUGCAGCCGGAGUUUUUACCAGAGUUCAGAGCUGACCAGGCACCGGGUAUCCCAUGCGAGAGAUCGUCCAUACGGGUGCAGCCAGUGCGGGAAGAAAUUCCGGUGGAGUUCUGAUCUCAUCCGACACCAGAUCACCCACACGGGGGAGAGGCCGUAUAAGUGCCCUGAGUGCGGGAAGAAAUUUGGGCAGAACUCACACUUGGUUCGACAUCGGAGAACCCACACCACUUAGCUGAGUUCCUUCCCAGUGAGAGGGGACCUACGUUUCCCAGCUCCUAGAAUUUGACAAGGGCCGAUGCAUGGACCUGUGCUCACCACUACACUUGGUGCUUAUAUUGGGCCAGAUGACUGGUGUCCUUUUCAGCUUAACAUCUGCAGAUAAAUUAUCUGUUCAGGGUGUCUUAGUUAGAAUGUGCCCCAUUUACAUAGCGGAUUGGACAACGUGGCCAGUUGGAGGUCUCGUUUUGCGGAGAUCCACAGCACAACCAGAACUGAAUGAUAACAAGUUAACCUUAACUUGACUUCGUGAACUUCUCUGAACUUAAAUGUGACGGCAUCAGUUGGACGUCUGUCUUUCUCUUUUUUCUGUCUGUCUGUCUCUUUCAUUUUCUCUCUUCUCUCUUUUUGUAAUAGAAAAGGAAAUAGAUCUUCUAGUCAACUAGACAGGCUUAUUGUUACAUAACAUGGCUUAUCUACCCAGCGAGGCCAAGACACAUGUCUUUUUAGUGAAACAGAAGCAACAUAUUUUUAGAGAAAAGGACCAGUCGUGAACUGAUGGGGAAGAGGUGUGUGUGAAUCUUCUAUAUGAGGGAGAUGCCUUUUGGAGAAGCUGCUUUUUUAUUUGUUUGUUUUCAGAGAUUACAACUUUCAUAAAUGGCAGAGAGUUAUGCUAAGAUUGUACGGAUAACA